AUGACCACAAUCACCCUGUUCAACUAUGGAGCUAUUGACCGAGCGCCUCACGCCGAGCUGGUGACAGAUGAACUCCUCGAGGCGACAGAACGGACUCUCAAGAUUACGCUGCCAUCCGUGAAGACUGGCGCUCAUCACCUGGAAAAGACUGUUCAUCUGACUACUGAUCGGUCAGACGAGGGUAUACGAUUGACCGAGUUGAUCUCUUCAGACCUUGACCACGCAGUGUACCCUGCUGUGCUUCAGCAAAGCUUGACAACGCGCGGUGCAUAUGUUGUACGAUCUGUGGACAAGCACUGCGGGCUCAUCCCAGACUUCACACAGAGCGGUCGAAUCUUGACCGACGGGACCACACAAGAAGAGCCUUUCUGGGCUGAUCUGACAGCUCUAAUAGACACGAUCGGAGGUGAAGGUUAUGAAUUCCAGCUCGCAGCUAUCACUGCAAAUCGGGACAAGCUUUUCGAAGACGAGACAGACAUCACUUUCGCCUACGAAGCGGUUCCCCUCGCCGAGAUCCUGCCUUCGGACCAACAGCAGGCCAUUGUCAUGCUUUACCCCGAUCCGUUGAUUCGAAGGAGGAGUGUACCAUCAUCACCCGUCAGAGCAGAUCGGAUGGGCCGGCCACGAUAG